AUGCCACCACCAGAGCAAAGGGCUUCCACGCCCACCUCUUCACGACUAGCUGGGAGAUCACCACGGGUGCUUGCAUGCGUGCUGUGCCAGCAGCGCAAAGUCAAAUGCGACCGCAAGUUCCCCUGCGCCAACUGCGUCCGGGCCGGCGCGCAGUGUGUGCCCACUCUUGGCCCGCGCCCGCGGCGUCGCAGGUUCCCCGAACGAGAGCUCUUGGAUCGCGUUCGGAGGUAUGAAGACUUGCUGCGCCAGAAUAAUAUACCUUUUGAGCCUUUGCAUGCUCCUGUAGCGGAAGAUAGUAGGGUGCUGGAGACUGGUUACCAUGCUCGUUCUGAAGAUCCUAUGGUGGGGGAAGAGAGGGACGUGGCUGUCAAGGCUGAGCCAGAUGGCAAUGAUCUCACUCACUACCAGUUCACUCUGGGAGGGAAUGCCGUGAACAAGAUGUUUGAUGAGGCGUACAAGAACAGCGACGAGGGAUUUAUAUUUGGAUCACGCAAAGCCAAUGUGGAUCUGUCGACAUUGCAUCCUGAUCAAGUCCAGAUAUUCAAGCUCUGGCAGAUUUACUUGGACAAUGUCGACCCGCUGCUCAAAGUCACGCAUACCCCAACCCUGCAAGCACGUAUUAUUUGUGCUCUUAGUGAUCUGACUCGUCUAAGCUCGGAACUGGAAGCACUCCUGUUCAGUGUGUAUUGCGUUGCUAUUAUGAGUCUCGACGAUGAAGAGUGCCGGACGUCGUUCGGGUCUCCGAGGAAAGAGCUUUUGCGAGGAUAUCAAUUUGGAUGUCAACAAGCCUUGCUCAAUUGUAACGUGCUACGCACCGGAGAUCGCGAGUGCUUAACUGCGUUGUUUCUCUAUCUGGUGUCUGUGAGGUAUGAGACGGAUCCGAGGUCUUCAUCUUCGAUGCUUGGAGUUGCUAUUCGAAUUGCUCAACGCAUGAGCAUCCAUGACGAAAAGGCAAAUGCUAGGUGUACUGCGCUGGAGGGCGAGAUGCGCCGGAGGUUAUGGUGGUCGUUGAUUAUGUUUGACAACCGCAUUGGCGAGAUGUCGGACCACAAAACUUCAAUGUUGAUCCCAACUUGGGAUUGCAGCAAGCCUCGCAAUUUGACCGACAAUGAUUUGCAACCGGAGAUGAAGGACUUGCCAGCUGCUCAAGCAGGUCCGACCGAAGCGUUGUUCAUAGCUGCGCGCAGUGAACUCGGAGAGUUUCUGCGGCAUAGCGCCUUUCAUUUAGAUUUUGUCAACCCUUCCUUAAAGGCAGUCGCCAGGGACACAAAGGGUGAUGGCAUGACUGAUCUAGAAAAGAGGAUAGAGGAAAACUACCUCCGACUCUGCAAUCCAGAUAAUCCGCUUCACUAUUUGACGAUCUGGACGAUACGUGGCUUCCUUGCAAAACACCGUCUGCUUGAAGAGUACUCGAGAUUUUCGCCCGCGCAGCAAUCAGAAGCGCAGCGCAACAUCGCCAGCUCCUGUGCAAUGCGGAUCCUCGAGUCCGAUACCAAGCUGAUGAUAUCCCCCCUCACCAAACGGUACCGUUGGCAUGUUCAUAUGUACUUCCCGUUUCCUGCACAUCUGCAUUUGAUUCAAGAUCUGAAGAAGCGACCAAUGCAAGAGCACGCUCAUGAGAUGUGGAAGGCCAUGAGCGAAAACGCCGAGAUACGCUUCGAAGACAUGCAUAGAUUCCAUCCGCUUUCUGAGAUUGUGUCGCGAGAUAUUCUUCAGGCCUGGGAGGCGUAUCAAGCAGCAUCAGGGGGACAUGGAGAAACGGUAUCGCCGCCAUGGAUUGUUAAGAGUGCUAGAACAAACUUCAACAAUCCGAAUAACGAUACGGGAAAUUGCAGCGCAGAGCAGCCGAAUGACCUGGAGGUCGCCCCUUCACUCUCCAUGUCUACGGAACAUGGUAUUCCUAAUCUGCUAUCCGGCAUGGAAGGAUUUGGCAGCGCAGCUUCCGGGUUCGGUGGAUAUUCGGACAUAUUUGAACAGGCUGUUCUGGAGGGUGACGCGUAUCAGUCAGGCUGGCCCACGAUGGGCUUCUACCCAAUGUGGUAG